AUGUCGUCAUCACCGCCAUCACCGCCAGCCGCUGCGACGCCGGACGAGCCCCAUAACGAGGGAUCCAAGUUGCGCACCUUCUUGGGCAUCUUGAGAAAAUUCAUCGGGGUCACGGACCUCGCCUCGGUUCGAUUCUCUCUCCCCUCCCAACUCCUGGAGCCGACCCCGAAUCUCGAGUACUGGACCUACCUCGAUGCACCCAACGCCUUCGUUGCCAUCGGCACGUCCGAUGAGCCCCUCGACCGGAUGCUGGAAGUGGUUCGCUUCUGGCUUACCAAGGAUCUGAAAUAUGCAAAGGGAAAGCCUUGCAAGCCGUACAACUCGUGUCUCGGCGAGUUCUUCCGGUGCAACUGGGAGACGGAAGACAACGCUCCGAGGAUAAACACCCUCGACCUCCAGACCCCCACUGCACCGGGAUCGAGCUCGAGUUCCAUCAAGGGAGCGGCUGCCAACUUGAAGGCGGCUUCCAAGAGCGAGAACAGUUCCUCUUCAGUGUCCUUGUCGGUCCCUCAACAUGGCACGCCUUCAGACGAGGCAGGCCCGCUCCUCCGCAUUUCAUACCUCACCGAGCAAACAUCACAUCACCCUCCCGUCAGUGCCUUUCAUGUUACCUGUCCUGAAAAGGGCAUCACAGCUAGAGGCUUCGAUCAGAUUACUGCCAAGUUCACUGGCACAUCUGUCAAGGUUCUUCCUGGCGAGCACAACAUGGGCAUCUUCAUCUCGUUGGAGAAGCGAAACAACGAGACGUACCAGUUGACGCAUCCCGCUGCCCAUCUCGGCGGUCUGUUCCGCGGAACGUUGAGCGUAUCUGUGAGCGAGAUGGCAUACAUCACAUGCCCCGAUACCAAAAUCAAGGCCAUUCUCCACUACGUCGAGGAGGGCUGGCUGGGCCGGACGACCAACAAAAUCGAUGGUGUCAUUUUCAAGUAUGACCCCGAGAAUGAUGACAAGACCCGAGUUCAGGAUGUGCCAGACGAGGACGUCCUGGCUAGGCUGAGCGGUCCCUGGAAAGAAAAGGUUGUCUUUUCGCUGGGCCCCAGACCUAUGAAAACUGUUCCCGUGGAAGAACAGCACGUCAUCAUUGACAUUGUCCCGCUCAACGUUGCUCCCAAGAUUCUCCCGCCAGAUGAGCAGAUGCUGCCCAAUGAGUCACUCCGCCUGUGGGGAGGCGUCACCGAGGCUAUCCUCGCCAAGCAAUUUUCCAAGGCAACCGAAGUAAAGGUGGCCCUGGAGGAAGCCCAGCGAGAGAAAGCCCGGAAGCGGGAGCAGAACAAGGAGACCUGGCAGCCCGUCUUCUUCGAACACGUCGUCGGCAACGGCGGCAAGCCCGACCUCACCGAGAAGGGAAAACAAGUUCUGGAGCGGGCCCAGAAAAGCGAUUGGAGCCUCGACGGCAUUGUUGCAUAG